AUGCGCGCUUCCCGCAAACUCGAGAAGGCGUCUAUUUUCAAGCCAGGCGAUCUUGUUAUGCUCCAGCGGGUUCGUCGAGCUCUAUCGGACUCUCCACAUCUUGGAAAUGGUUUGAAAAAUCCGGGACACACGCCCGGUUGUACCCCACAAAUCGUACAAAGCUGGCGUAGUGCACAUUCCGCUCGUCCUGACAUGCACCGCAAGUCGGAUAGUCCUACAGGAUUGAAGCCAGCAGCCCAAGAAACAGAUGUCCUUCCCAGGUCAGACGCGCAACGGCGAACAAUUUAUGCGCUUUCAACGCCCCCAGGGAAGGCUGGUGUCGCAGUCAUAAGGAUUUCUGGUCCGGACGCCCAGGACGUCUGGAGAGGUAUGGUCAAAACAGGGAGUGGAGGCGAAGGCAGAGCAGCUCAUGGACAACAAUCACCUGAGCCGUGGAAGAUGCACAGGUGCCGUGUCGUUCACCCGAGCUCCACAGCCAUCCUUGAUGAUGGCCUCGCGGUGCUCUUCGUAGCGCCAAAGUCGUUCACAACCGAGGAUGUCCUGGAGCUGCAUAUCCACUCGGGUCGGGCAGUCAUUUCUUCUGUGCUAGCCGCGCUAUCGCAGUUUCCAUUUACUCGUCCGGCUGAGCCUGGGGAGUUCACUCGGCGUGCUUUCGAGGGAGGGCGCCUCGACUUGACACAGGUUGAAGGCCUCAAGGAUCUCAUCAAUGCGGAGACCGAGAGCCAGCGAAGAGCUGCGCUGAUGGCAGCUGGGGGAGCUUCGCGGAAUCGGCUCGAGCGACUCCGACAACAGAUCAUCAAGUGUCUGUCGCUGGUCGAAGCCCUGAUUGAUUUCUCAGAAGACGAGGAUAUUGAAGACGGUGUCUUUGAUAAAGGCAAGGAUCUGGCUGAGGAAAUCUCUCAGACAAUCCGAGCACACUUGUCCGACAGUUGGCGGGGAGAGAUCAUGCGCUCUGGGGUUCGCCUCGCCAUCUUCGGCCCUCCAAAUGCUGGCAAGAGUAGCCUCCUCAAUUUCUUGGCUCAGCGAGAGGCUGCAAUCGUCACACCGAUUCCUGGGACAACCAGGGAUGUCUUGGAAUUGUCGUUGGACGUUGGUGGCUUGCCCGUUGUCAUCGCUGAUACCGCAGGUAUACGGAAGACCACAGACCAUGUUGAAAGUAUAGGCGUUGAGCGCGCCAAGAAGGCUGUUGAAUCUGCCGAUGUUGCUCUCUGCGUCUUAUCGCUCCCUGACAUACUCCAGGAUUUACCCCUCCCGGAUAUAUCUCCGUGUACUACCGUACCUUCCGUAUCCUCGAUGAUUAAGCGAGACACCUUCGUCCUGUUUAACAAGACCGACAUGGUUGAUGUUGCCUCACCAGAGGUUCAACAUAUUAUGUCUGCAGUGAACGCUCGCAACAUCUGGCCCAUUAGUCUUACGACUGGGGAGGGCGCAGAUACAUUUUUGGACGAAUUUGCGCGCGCACUUCGUGAGCGUUACGACGUUCUUCAAGAAGAUGCUUCGAAUCACAACAUGCCUUUGAUUACUAAUGCGCGCCAACGUACACACUUGGAGAGUGCUCUCCGAUAUCUAGAAGCAUCUCUCUCAUACUCUUCCAAAGACGUCGUUCUCGCCGCAGAAGAGCUGCGAUAUGCCGUGAGAGCUGUGGGCAAGAUUUCGGGACAUAUCGAUACUGAGGACAUACUCGACGCUGUCUUUCGUGAAUUUUGCAUUGGAAAAUGA